CGGUCUUGCUAGCCUAGGCAACGGAAUUGGUUGUGUAGACGCUAAUAGAAGAAUCUGUGGUUGGAUCCGAGCAACAGGUGUCCUGACCCAAUCUGUAAGGAAGAGUUCACUGUUGGUAAAGGCAAGUCUGAAGUAGUGAGAGGAAGGAAAGGGGGAGCCUGCGAAACAGGGUUUUGCUGCGCUCCCCUAGCAUCUUUUUGAUACUGGCUUUGAAUUAUUUAGGAACUACGCUGUCCCCUUUUUGCGGAUUAUUCUGGCCUCUGCCUCGUUGAGACCACCUACCUUCAUUGCUGCUUACUUUCAGGAUUCUUUACUGCAAAGAUGUCCUCUUUUACUAACUAUAUCAAACCCAUAAUUGAACAAUUGGACAAAUUUAAUCCUGAAACUGACAGUCCUGAGAAUGUCCUGGAAAAGAUGUCUGCUACUCUGCAGACUCUCAGUAUUAAAGAUGAAAGCUUCAUUUUGGAAGUUCUCUCUGGAUGUCUUGAAUAUAAGAAGUUACUGGAAGUGGUAGUCACUGCAUUUUAUGCACAUGCUGGGAAGACAUGUCUGUGGUCUGACUACAAUCUCUUUAUAGUUAUUUGUUAUCUGUCUACUUUUUGCCUGGAUAAACUUGGUCUCCAGCCCUUCAUUAAAAUUAUCAAGUCUCUGGAUAGUGCCAAAAUGCAUAAGUUCCUCCAGUUUUUCUUCAACAUCAUAAAUUUGACCACAUGGAUAAAAGAUGAAUGGAGUUUAAUCUAUGAUGCAUCUUAUGUAAAGGAAACCUGGAUUGAGCCAUUGUUGAAAUGGGAACCGGAAAUACAAACCCUGAUCGAAUACCUGAACGAUGUAAUAGAAAACAGGUUGGUUCAGGACAUAAAGUACCCAGAGUUAACCAGACCGAAGGAGUUUAAUUUGACUGUCCCAAGACCCCGAGGCAUUUUAGUUCCUGAUAUACUUCCUGGUCUGAAGAAGCCAGAACCAGUACCUCAGAGCACAUAUUACCGUCCAAGAAUCCAGAAACAACUGAGCAUUAUCAAGCAAAAGAAUCGCAAAAAGGCAGAGACAUUACUCCUGGAAGCAAAUCUGAACCCAUAUAGUUGUUCAAUCAUCAAACCAAAACAACAAAAGGAAUUAGAAUCGAACCAGCAACCUGAUUAUAAGUUCAAGGCAUCCCACAAAACCAACUCAAAACUUCCAUUGGUUUUCUAUAAGCCUGACAAUGUCCCUGUGAAACUUAAUGCUGCAGCACUUUACAGAGAGGAGGCCCUGUACCAACAUAAAGCAGAGAAGGAGCUUCAAAGGAUUGACGACCUCCUUCAAGGAUACAAAAGCUUCUCCGAUUUCUUAGAACGACAAAAGAAACUACAGGAGAAAGAAUUAGAGGAGGAACUGGCUAGGACAGAGUACCUGAGGCUGAUGGGGAAGCUAAGCCGGGAAGAAGCAAUUAUACAGCGUCAGAACCUAAUUAAGGAAAACAAGAAAAAAGCCAUUCAGAAGAAAGAAAUGAUAGCAAAGCUGAAGAUUGAGUACACAAAAAAGUGCCUUAAAGAAAAAAAGAAAAGGAAAAAAAUUAUUGAGCAAGUAACAGAGGGCCACAAAAAUGUGAAGAAUGUCCAAGAGAAGAUGCUAAAAACCAAGCAGCGUUUAGCCCAGGAAAUGCUUCAGGAGAUGAAGCAACUACAUGAGCAGAAACUGGAGAUUGACGAUGAAGAGAACAAGAAAAAAUGUGAACGGAUCCACGAACUCCGAACAAUUGAAUCUCUUCCUGUGAUAAAGGAACAAUUUUUUGACUUUACCAGGGAUGCUGGUCAUGGUCUCAUGGGGGAAAUGUCCUUGGUAGAACUUCAGGAACGGUUGCUAUUGGUGAAGCAACAACAGAAACGAGAUGAAGAAGAAAAACGAGACCAGAUCAUCCGGGAAAAGCAAGCUAAGAUGGACAAGCUUCUGGAAAAGACUGAGCAGAUUGCAAUGUGCCGAGAAGCCUGUGGAAGAGCAGCUGCAAUCAAGGCUGAGGAAAAAAAAAAGCUUGAAUUCCAUACACCCAAACCUGUCAUACAAGAUGAGCGCAAUUUAGAACUGAAGAAGAAAAUCCAGAUGAUAAUGGAGCAGCGCUUACAGCAGGUUGAGACUGUGAAGCCAGGACCCCGGAAGAUCAGAGCAGAGCUAGUACCAUGGCUCAGGUCCAAGACUCCCUUGGAAGAACAACACUGGAAAAUGUUGGAGGAGAGCCGAAUAAAACUUUACCAGAGACUCCAGAAAAACACAGCUGCUAGAGAAGCAGAGCAGAGAGAGCAAUUCCGCAUAUCGACUCUGAGUGGAGGUCCUCGGCCUUGCAUCGUGAGGUCUUAAAAUGCCACCUCCUUUGUUCUACCCCCAGGCCCCUCAGGAGCUAGACUGCAGCCCUGGGGGACUUGGAGACGUAGGGAAGGUAGUUUCCCAAGAAGCCCAGUUCCCUGAGCAUACAAGAGCUGUCACAGAGAUAGGAAGGGAUAGUAAGUUGGGUUGGGCAGAAGUAGGGAUAAAGGACUUGGCCAGAAAGUCCUAGAGCAUAUACUGUGUGUCAGCAGUUUUCUUAAGGAGUUAAAAUAUAUGAGGGGAUAAAGUGAGUCUCCCAGCUUUGAGCAGUCCUACCUUUUUGUGAGCUAUUUCUGACCCCCUUGCUCCCUCAGGACCCUCCAUAGUCCAUACGCUGGGGUUCUCUCCCAGACAGAUGUUCUGUUGUAGGAAUGCUUUUGUCAUGUUCCCUGCUGAGCCUCCUUCCUUGUUUCUGAGAAGGAAAUCUGUAGAGUUGGUGGUUCCCAUGGCCAAUGUGUUGAUUUGUUUGUCCUUAAUAAUACUUAAUUGUUACAAAGUAGGAUUUUUCUUGGGGUUGGUGAAUUAAUGGGUUCCUGAGUAGUGACAAUGUUGAAAAAAAUCAAUAAAAUGUUUUUUAAACAUAAAGAAGGAAACAAAAGUAUGUCUAGAAGAGCGAGGGGGGAGUAUUAUUUAUCCCCCUUUUACCUAAUUUUUUUUUUACUUUCACUAUUCCCUACAAGUCUGAAUGAACUGAUAACUCCCAUUCUGUCCCAUCCUGUCCCAUCCCAUCUCCAUCACACAGGUGUAGUUUAUUAGAAAGAAGAUCGGUUUUAAAAUAAGAAAAGUUGUAUAGAAAUCCUGGCCCUGCUACUUAAUUACUUGUGGUAUGAUCUCAAAGCUGGGCCUUUUUCUUCUCUGGGCCUUCAUUUAUUCAUCUUUUAAAAGUCCUGUGAUUCUGUUCAUCCUUUA